AUGGAUGACGAGAUUGCUAUCGUCUCUAGCUAUAGUAUCAAGUCAGCUGCAGGCAGUAUGCCUAGCAAAGUCGACAUGGGAAUCGGGGCUGGCCUCCAAGCUGAUGGGAAAGCUUACAGUCCUAUCAAUGGUAUUUCGCCCCCCAUCUGUGAUUCUGCAUCCGAGACUGAACUUUGCUUUGCAGAGACUGCAUCGGCUAAGAGCGAUUCUCGUACUCGCCAUGAUUCGCUCGACGUCAGCGUACGCGAGUAUGUCGACAGCAAGACCACCAAAGCUUUGCAUGAACCCCCAUGCAACUGCCCUUCUCGCACCCCACUUAACUUAGUAGUCAAGUUCGGGCUUGAAAGCGUCGGCGAAAUGCCAACUUCAUCUUUGAAGCGCUUCCCUAUCGAUACCAAUAUUUUCUUUGGUCCGAAGCGUGUUGGACCAUUCGUCUUGCCACCGUCCUCCAACACAUACCACGUUCAACUGGGCAUCAUCGGCGUAUACACGCUCAUUAUCUUAUUUUCAGCAAUAAUAGGCCCCAAGACUAUGUUCCUCACGGUUUGGAGGCUGUCGGUUUCGCUGAUUUGCUACGCUAUGCUCGGACGGUUCCUCGGGUACAACGUCGAGACGCGACAGGACUUCCUUCUAGCACCAGGACUCUACGUUGCGGGUCAUGUACAGAAGUUCCUGUUCAGUGUUCGCUUCAGCGCGAAGGUCAUGCCCAAGCCCUUCGCCAUCUUGGACCCUAAACAGUAA